AGUAGACUUUGGUAACUGGUUUUUUGGUAACUAGUAGACAAGGUUCAGCGAGGGAAGAGUGCGAAAGAGUGCAGAAUAGAGUUUCGGUGAAGUUCGCCAUGGCUUCUGCGGUUAGCGUAGUCCGCACUUGGCCGUCUGCCUGUCGUUUCGGGACGGCCACAAGGGCAUGUCAUGUGGCAGCGCUCAGAGCACAGUAUGACGCUCUGGUCAUCGGCGGAGGCCACAAUGGACUGGUCGCAGCAGCCUACCUGCAGAAAGGGGGGGUGAACACAGCUGUGCUGGAGCGCAGGCACGUGCUGGGAGGAGCAGCCGUUUCCGAGGAGAUCAUCCCAGGCUUCCGGUUCUCCAGGGCGUCCUACCUGCUCAGCCUGCUCAGACCUCAUAUCUACAGGGACCUGGAGCUGAAGAAACACGGGCUGAAGGUGUUCAUGCGGGACCCUCACGCGUUCACCCCCAUGCUGGAGGAGGGGGUGGGGGGGCAGCCCCCGCGCUCCCUGCUGCUCGGCUCAGACAUGGAGCAGAACAUGCGUGAGAUCGGGAAGUUUUCGGAAAAAGAUGCCAAGGCCUAUCGUGCCUUUAACACGUACCUGGAGAAGCUGGCUGAGGCGAUACACCCCCUGCUGGACAGCCCCCCCGUGGACAUUCCCGGGGUCACCCAGGGCCCUCUGCGCAGACGGCUGGCCGCCCUGAAGACCCUGACCCCCCUGAUAAAGACAGGGCUGAAACUGGGAAAGAACAUUCCAGAACUAUAUGAGCUCAUAACUGCACCAAUAACAAAGAUUCUGAACCGCUGGUUUGAGUCCGAGCCCCUGAGAGCCACGCUGGCCACGGACGGAGUGAUUGGAGCCAUGACCAGCCCCAGUAACCCUGGGAGUGGGUAUGUUCUCCUGCACCAUGUGAUGGGGGAGCUGGAGAAGGAGAAGGGGGCUUGGGGUUACGUGGAGGGGGGAAUGGGAGGCGUGUCGAAGUCCAUCGCCAAUUCAGCUCGCGCCCACGGAGCCGCCAUCUUCACUGAGCAGGAGGUGGAGCAGGUGUUGGUUGGUCCUGAUGGUUGUGCCAAAGGUGUCCUGCUGAAAGAUGGGUCUGAAGUGCACAGCAGAGUGGUUCUGUCUAACGCCACUCCGCACAUCACCUUCAAAAAGCUCACUCCACAGGAUUCCCUGUCUCCUGAAUUCAUGAGAGCUGUAUCUGAGAUUGACUACACGUCUCCCGUCACCAAGAUUAACGUCGCUGUGGACCGUCUCCCUAAUUUCCUGGCCAUGCCCAACGCCGCGGACGGGACCCCCGGCCCACACCACCAGUGCUCCAUCCACCUCAACUGUGAGAGCGUGGAGGUGCUGGAGGCGGCCUACCGAGAGGGGAAACAGGGCCGGCCUUCUGCCAGACCCAUGCUGGAGAUGUGCAUCCCGUCCGUGCUGGACCCCACUCUGGCGCCCCCUGGCUGCCACGUCGUCUCCGUCUUCACCCAGUUCACUCCUUACUGGCUGGAGGGCGGCCGGGCUUGGACAGACCAGGACCGAGAGCAGUUCGCCAACUCGGUGUUCGACUGGAUCGAGAGAUAUGCUCCCGGCUUCAAAGGCUCCAUAGUGGGCAAAGAAGUGCUGGUGCCCCCCGACCUGGAGCGUAUUUUCGGCCUGACCGGGGGGAAUAUUUUUCAUGGUGCAAUGACAUUGGACCAGCUCUAUCUCGCACGACCUUUGCCCUCUCUCUCAGACUACCGCACACCAAUCAAAGGCCUUUAUCUGUGUGGCAGUGGAAGUCAUCCAGGUGGGGGUGUGAUGGGGGCUUCUGGGUGGAAUGCUGCUAUGAUGGUCCUGACAGACCUGCGCAGGGGCUGAGGAAGAUCAGCAUGGUUGUGUGUGUGAGUGUGUGUGAGUGUGUGUGAGUGUGUGUGAGUGUGUGUGAGUGUGUG